CUAAAAUGCCUUUAAAAAGUCACCAAAUAAGUGGACUGUAAGUCAUACUGCACUAGUGCAGGCCAACAGUCAGUGUCCUAUUGUGCUAAAUGUUUUGAAAACACAUAGAAAUUAAAGUUCUCUGAGCCAAACAAUUUAUGUUUGAAAGGGAUGAUACCCAUCAGUAAAUGUUCCAAGAACAGAUUGCUGGGUGUCUAAAAACUGUUGCCAACCAAUACAUUAACUGACUCGGUGCUGCGCCUGAAGACUGGAAACACUGUGUUCAGUGCUACGUGGGUUCAUGUGAUUGGCCAUUAUGUUCAGGAAAGAUAACAUUUCUUGCCUUGGAUCAGGCUUUUCUGUCCCUUAUGCAGGGAACAUCUAAACACUGGGGCGGGGGGGGGGGUUCUGAUACAGCUAAGAGGCAUUAUAAUUAGAGGAAACAGUCACCUUGUUUUCACUCUGUCAUUGCACAACUUUCUAUGGGCUGGAGUGGAAUCUAACACUGUGUUCCUGCAUCCGUCUUUCUGAAAAGGGAAGGAAUGUUUGAUAUUUGCUUAGAUCUUGAAAGUAAAUGAAAUUAACUGAAAUGUUUGAAGUUCAGGAAUAAGUGUCCCAAAAAAAACCCCCAAAAUAGAAACAUUCAAUAAUUUAGGUUGCAAGGGACUUCUGGAAGCCAUGUAGUGCGACUCCUGCUCAAAGCAGAUAAAACCAGAUCAAAAGGCAUUGGGUCUUGUCCAGUCCAGUUUUAAAUACCUCUAAGGAUGGACAUUCUACAUCCCCUCUAGGCAACUUGUUCCAAUGUUUGGCCAAGCUCAUGGUGGAAAAAUUUCCUUGUAUCUGAUUGGAUUUUUCCAUAUUGCGACUGAUGUCCAUUGCCUCUCACUGUGCACCUUCAGGAAGAGUCUGGAUCCGACAUGUCUGUAGGCUCCCUCUUGGUAUUUGAAGAAAUGGGCCAGUACAGGCAGGUGGAAAUCCUUGAUUGGAAGACAAAGAAACAGCUAUGCUACCUAGAUAAGGUGGAACCAAAUGCCACAAUUAGGGAGAUCAGAUUGAUGUUCCAUAAAUUAUAUCCUCGGUGGUAUCCAGCAAGACAGUCGAUAAAACUUGAUCCAAAAGGAAAGUCCCUGAGGGAUGAGGAAAUCCUGCAGCACCUCCCUGUUGGCACAACUGCUACCUUAUACUUUAAAGAUUUAGGGCCACAGAUAGGAUGGACUACGGUAUUUUUGAUAGAAUAUACAGGUCCAUUGUUCAUCUAUUUUCUGUUUUAUUUCCGCAUGCCUUUUGUCUAUGGACUGGAUGAGAGGUUUACAUCAAGCCCGCAUCCAGUAGUUAACUUGGCAUGUAUCUGCCAUUCUUUCCACUACAUCAAAAGGUUGAUUGAAACAGUAUUUGUUCAUCGGUUCUCCCAUGGGACUAUGCCACUGAGGAAUAUUGUGAAGAACUGCUUGUAUUACUGGGGAUUUGCAGCUUGGCUUGCUUAUUAUAUCAAUCAUCCUCUUUACACUCCUCCUUCUUAUGGGAAAAAACAGAUAAAUUUUGCUGUGAUCAUGUUUCUGCUGUGUGAAGCUGGAAAUUUUUCCAUUCAUGUUGCACUCAGUGACCUCCGGAGAAAUGGAUCCAAAACCCGUAAGAUCCCAUAUCCAACAAAGAAUCCUUUCACAUGGCUGUUUUUCUUUGUAUCUUGCCCUAACUAUACAUAUGAGGUGGGGACCUGGAUCAGUUUCACUAUCAUGACUCAGUGUGUUCCAGUGGGGCUGUUCACCUUGCUUUGCUUCAUUCAGAUGACAAUCUGGGCAAAGGAUAAACACUGCACCUAUCUACGAGAAUUCAAGGAUUAUCCAAGCCUUCGAAUGCCAAUUAUUCCAUUUUUGUUGUAAGAAAAAAGGAUUAAUUUGAAUAUUGCACAGAACUUCAAGAAGAAAAAGCUCAUAAACCUCCUGCCAAAUAAGUGAAUUAGUUUAAAGGAUUUGGGUGCAUGUUGAAUCUCCACUGCUGAGGGAAAUUGUUUGCACUUGAAAGCCACACUUCCUUACAUUCAAGAAUUCUCAACUCAGAAGCACCUUCAAAAAAUAAGGCUUCAUUGCACAGCUGGUAGUCAAAAGCCCCUACAGUUCACUGUAACCUGAUUGACUUAGAUUUUCCUGUACUAGUCUAUUUAGAUUGAUGGAUCAGAGAUACUGAGAAGUCUGUGCUGAAAAGCAGCUCCAAAUUUAGCAGUGGCAUUCUGCAAGACAUAAGUACAUUGGAAUGAGUACAUACCAGCUAACUACUAGAGAGCUCAGCUCAGCCAGAGUGGCCAGCUGGCCUGAAGACGAUUGCAUGAUCUGUCAUCUUUGACUUGAAGAAGAGAGUGUGCUGCCUGGAGGCAGGUGCUUUGUAACAAAUAACAUUACCAAAGAAUAUGAAUUGUUCCUGGAAUAAAAAAACAGGCAAUAUCUCAAAUACCUGAUUUGGGUCUAACCCCUAACUUGCCACGAGAAUCUGAAGUAAGAAGUAUUUGUGGAUGUAACAUCCUGCAUUGUUGGGGUUUUUUUGUUUGUUUUUUUUUUUUUUAGUCUUCUACCUUAUUAAAUUGCAUACUAGUAAAUAAGGUUCAGAAGAGCUGAUCUAUGCUAUAUCUGUGAUUUUGGGCCUGUUUUCAUAUAACAAGUCCCUAUGAUACUAAAGGACCUUUUACCUAGCAUUUUAUGUCAGCAUUCUCUGAAUAAUUUUUAAUACACUUUGUAAAUACACGAAGUGACUGCUAGUCCUCAGAAUGCUAGCUCCCUUCCUAUUUUCAGAGCCAGGGAGAAAAAUCAGCUACAUUUUGGACUUCCUGGUUGUUUUUUCCUCAAGAUGUUCAGUGGGACUUAGUUGGGUUUUGUGCAAAUCUAGUAAAAAAAGACUAUUGCAAUCUAUUUGAAUGACAUUUUAAAGAAGCUAUUUUAGAAUACGAAAAGAAUGCAUAGAUACUGUUUUAUUUCAUGAUUAAUUUAUUUAUCUAUAAUGGAUGUAUAGAAAGAUUUUUGCAACUAUUUGUAAGGGUGAAAUACGCAAUAAAUUCUAGACUGUAUUUUGAAAUUGGUUGAAAUAAUUAUGGCAAAACAGGAAGACUACAGCUGGUUGCUGGAGUUUCAUAAUAUUUUGUACAGUAAAAAGCAAGAAUGUCCUUAUAUAUA